AUGGCCAAAGGGAUCACAGGCUUGCUUUCUCUUCAUUUCUUAGGCAUCAGCAGUAAACGGCUUGGCGUGUGUGGCUGGAUCCUGUUUUCCCUUUCUUUGUUGCUGAUGAUCAUUACUUUCCCCUUCUCCAUAUGGAUGUGCUUAAAGAUCAUUAAGGAGUAUGAACGUGCUGUUGUAUUCCGACUGGGACGCAUCCAGGCUGACAAAGCCAGAGGGCCAGGUUUGAUCCUGGUCCUGCCCUGCAUAGAUGUGUUUGUCAAAGUUGAUCUCCGAACUGUUACUUGCAACAUUCCUCCACAAGAGAUCCUCACCAGAGACUCCGUGACUACUCAGGUGGAUGGAGUCGUCUAUUACAGAAUCUACAGUGCUGUCUCAGCAGUGGCUAAUGUCAACGAUGUCCACCAAGCCACAUUUCUGCUGGCUCAGACUACUCUGAGAAACGUCUUAGGGACACAGACCUUAUCCCAAAUUUUAGCUGGCCGAGAAGAGAUUGCCCAUAGCAUCCAGACCUUACUCGAUGAUGCCACAGAGCUGUGGGGCAUCCGGGUGGCCCGAGUGGAAAUUAAAGAUGUUCGGAUUCCCGUGCAGUUACAGAGGUCCAUGGCGGCUGAGGCUGAGGCCACCCGGGAAGCCAGGGCCAGGGUCCUUGCAGCGGAAGGAGAGAUGAACGCCUCCAAAUCUCUGAAGGCAGCCUCCGUGGUGCUGGCCGAGUCCCCCAUAGCCCUGCAGUUGCGUUACCUGCAGACUUUGACCACCGUGGCCACCGAGAAGAAUUCCACCAUCGUGUUCCCUCUGCCCAUGAAUAUCCUGGAGGGCAUUGGUGGCAUCAGCUACGAUAACCAUGAGAAGGUUCCCAAAAGAGCCUGAGGUCCUCCUGCUGUCGCCAGCCAUUGCUUUGGGAGUCCCUUCUAAUUCUCAGGAGAAGCCAGCAGCUAGAAGU